AUGGAAACUAGACUCUGUGAAAAUGCGGAGGCCGGUAGGACUUGGGCAGUUCGUCGUUCUAAUUCCACUGUUUUUGAAGUAUUUGCUGAUUAUUCUGUGAUGGUUGAUCUCGAGAAAAGGACUUGUUCUUGCCGUCUUUGGCAAAUUGACGGUUUUCCUUGCACACAUGCGGUGGCUGCAAUCCUAGCAAAGAGAGAUUCAGUUUAUGAUUACGUGGAGUGUUACUACAAAACCGACUUCUUUAGAAAAGCCUAUGAGAGUCCUAUUUUUCCUAUUCCAGAUAUUGGGAAAGGAUUGGGCAGCAAUGGUUCUGCAGUUGGAGUUGUGCUUCCGCCAAUUACAAAGAGGCCAGCCGGAAGACCACCAACAAAGAGGAUCAAAGUUUUUGGUGAAUUUAAAAGGCCAUUGAAAUGCAAUCGGUGCAGUGUUGCUGGGCACAAUAGGAAGACUUGCAAGGCUAUUAUAUGA